GCCGGCUGCGCAAGCCGAGUGGUCCUGAACGGAAGGGCCCGUCGGUGUUCGCGUGCGGCGCCGCGAGCCAGGCACGGGUUCCUCAGGCCCGGGAGCGCGUGGCCAGCCUUCGGAAGGGCGAGAAGGCGGCAGAAGAGACGCGGCGCCGGCGACCGGGGGGCAUGUGGCGGGGAACCCAGAGCGAAGGAGGCCAGGCGCGGACGACGCCGGCGCCGAGGGGGCAGGGAUCUCCAGGGGGCCGUUAGCAGCCUCUGGCAGCUUUUUGCAUAUUCAUGAAGCCGAACAAGGCGGGCCGCCCGGGCUUGACUUGGAGAGGUUAUGAAUUAUUCAUGAGUAAGAGUCUCUCGCCCCACCCAGAAAGGCGUCGUUGACUAUUCAUGAGCCCGAAAGGGUUUGGGCUCGAAAAGGCCGUUGGGCAUCCUUCUGAGAGAUCUGAGAGAGACCUCGAGGAGCUGAGGUUUGACUUGUUAAAAGAAUCUUGAUACAUUACUACAAUGGCCACUGCUCAGCUCUCUCACUCUAUCAAAAUUCACAAAGCAUCUAAGGAAACAGUUUUUCCAUCCCAAAUUACUAAUGAGCAUGAGUCAUUGAUAAUGGUGAAGAAACUUUUUGCUACUUCUAUCUCAUGUAUAACAUAUCUAAGGGGUCUGUUUCCAGAGAGCUCUUAUGGAGAACGCCAUUUGGAUGACCUCAGUUUAAAAAUACUUCGAGAAGAUAAAAAAUGUCCGGGGUCACUGCAUAUUAUCAAAUGGAUUCAAGGCUGUUUUGAUGCUUUGGAAAAGAGAUACCUACACAUGGCAGUACUUACACUUUACACAAAUCCCAAGGAACCUGAGAAAGUGACUGAAAUAUACCAGUUCAAAUUCAAAUACACAAAAGAAGGAGCCACUAUGGAUUUUGACAGUAGUAGUACAAGCUUCGAAAGUGGGACAAACAGUGAAGAUGUUAAGAAAGCCAGUGUUCUACUGAUCCGCAAAUUGUACAUACUAAUGCAGAACCUUGGACCCCUUCCUAAUGAUGUUAUACUUACUAUGAAACUCCACUACUAUAAUGCAGUGACUCCUCAUGAUUACCAACCCCCUGGUUUUAAAGAAGGGGAGAACAGCACAACUGAGAUUGCCCAUCAGGGUCUAGACUUUGAUGAGGAAGAAGAAGAAUGCAGCAAUCAUAUUCAAAGAAUGAAUUUUGUGUACAGUCAGCAAAGUUCUCAGAGCUCCAGGAAGAAGAGGAAGGUCAGCGAACCAGUGAAAGUCUUCAUCCCUGACAGAAAAUGAAAGUUAGAUACCUUCACUGCAUUUAUUCUAAAAUAAUUUUAUUUUACAACAAACAUGCAUGAAGUGUCUUAAUAGGAAAGUAAGUUCCUGUCACCAAAAUCUUUUACUAAAUUUGUUGCUCAACUUUUUUAAUCAAUUUACUAAGUGCUAACUUACUGAGUAGAGCAUGGGUUCACUUUGCCACAAGAAAACAAAGUUACUGGGGCUGCCUUGGGAUAGCAUUACUUUAAGGCUGAGUUAGAGACAAGACAGCCUUUAUAUUUGUAAAAGAACCACAGCAGCUAUUUUGAAAAGACAUAAGCUGUUGUUCUCAAAGGAAGGAGGGUUUUCUUUGCAUAACUAAACUCCCCAGGUAUUUAGACUACUGUGAAAUGUUGUAACUUGUUGUAACCCGUGUACUGGAACCCUCUAUAGCUUUAUUAGAAUUCCCACAGACUUGCAUGGAUGUAUGUGGUGGUGCUUAUGCAGGUGUGAUUUUUAUGUUAACUUCAAUCACGAGAUUGAUCAGCCAAGUGUUGGACCAAAGUGUACUCUCCCUGUAAAGUUCCUCAAAUCUGGCCCGAUGCCCUGCUCUGUUGGCCAACCUGAGACAGGCAAUAGGUUGCAAUGCAGAAGACUGGCUCCCUUCUUAAGGCCCACGUUGAAUGCUUCCCAACAAAUACUUCAGUUUAUCAGUCUAUAACCUGCAGACUGUUCAUUCCCUCAUUCUGAGGGAAUUUUGACAGACUUAAUGAUUAGUAUUAGAUGAAUAAUAAGUGACUGAAAGUGUUUUUAUUAUUUAGUAACAUGCAAUUUAAUAACUUAAUUUAAAUGGAUAGGACUUCAAUAAGCUAAAUGUUGAAUAUGUGUGCUUUCCAGUUAAAUAAAACCAAAAUGCACAGUA